AAACCGCGAGGAAGAAGACACGGUUGGGGCGAGGAAGAAGACACGGUUGGGGCAAGGAAAAAAAGGGCCAGAGCUAGGGUUUGGCUCCCGCCAUGGCAUCCACCUCCCCGCGCCGCUCGGGUGACCUGUCGUCCCCGUCUUCGCCGCUCCUCCCCUCCCCGACCUCCCCCGCUGCUGGCGGUGCCGGCGGCGGGCUGCUCGGGCGGCUCACGAGCCUCCGCGGCGCGGCGCGGUUUAUCCGCCGCUCGGGGAGCCGGCGCUUGAUGCGGGAGCCAUCAGUGGCGGUGCGGGAGACGGCCACCGAGCACCUCGAGGAGCGCCAGACCGACUGGGCCUACUCCAAGCCCGUCGUCGUGCUCGACGUGCUCUGGAACCUCGCCUUCGUCGCCGUCGCCGCGGCCGUGCUCGCGGCGUCCCUGCGGGAGCGACCCGCGGUGCCACUCCGCGUCUGGCUCGCGGGCUACGUGCUCCAGUGCCUCCUCCACGUCCUCUGCGUCGCCGUCGAGUACAGGCGCCGCCGCAGGGAGGCGCGCGGAGGGGAGGACCAGGAGGCCGCGGGUGAUGGGGAUUUCAAGCUCAGUAUUGUGAAGCAUUUGGAGUCUGCAAACACGAUGUUUUCGUUCAUAUGGUGGAUCAUUGGCUUCUAUUGGGUAUCUGCAGGUGGUCAAGCUUUAUCUCAUGAUGCUCCUCAACUAUACUGGCUCUCCAUCAUUUUUCUGGCAUUUGAUGUUUUCUUUGUGGUCUUCUGUGUUGCCUUGGCUUGUGUGAUUGGUAUCGCUGUUUGCUGCUGCCUUCCUUGCAUUAUUGCUAUCUUAUAUGCUGUAACUGAUCAGCAAGAGGGAGCAUCUGAAGAAGACAUAAACAACCUUUCCAAAUUCAAAUUUCGGACAAUGGGUGAUGCUGACAAGCUAGUUGCUGGCAUUGCAGCACCUGUGGGUGGAGUGAUGACCGAGUGUGGUACCAAUCCUCCUGUCAAACACAUUCUUUCAGCUGAGGAUGCAGAGUGUUGUAUCUGCAUGUGUCCUUAUGAAGAUGGCGCGGAACUGCGUGAGCUCCCAUGCAACCAUCACUUCCACUGCACCUGCAUAGACAAGUGGCUCCACAUAAACGCGACAUGUCCACUGUGCAAGUUCAAAAUUGUCAAGAGCAACCUUGGCAGAGAAGAAGUCUAGGUGUCACAUGAUAAAACAGCCCAAGGCUGCGCUCUGCAGUAGUACUGCGUACCGAGUUGUGAUUCCCGGUGGUGUAAUUACGAGGUAUUGGUGAUGCACACAGAUGGUUGCCGAAGUUGGUUCUCUCGUUAGGUCUUUUUAGCGGUUUCUUGCAGCGAUUGUACAUCAUCCUCCUUGGUUCGACUGCAUUGCGAUUGUCCUCUCAUUUACGUCGUGUUGGACUUGGAAAUGCAGUCAUUUGUAAAAUGUCUCAUGAACUGGAGAUUCAGUUUCGCAAUACAGAGUUUCCCUGUACGGUUGGUGUAAA